AUGACCAAAAAAUUACCUUCAGAGCUGAAACAAACAAGAAAGUCUAUUCAGACAGCUUGUGAGUUCUGUCAUACUAAACACAUACAGUGUGAUGUGGGGAGGCCAUGUCAAAACUGUUUAAAAAGAAAUAUUGGGAAGUUCUGUAGAGAUAAGAAAAGGAAAUCAAGAAAGCGGCUGGAGAAGCAUGAGACACAAACGCAACCAAUUGUGGUAAAAAGGCACACAAUAGACGGUGUGCCGUCAAAGACGGUAUCCCCAUCCAGUGUACAUUUGCAGCGGGAUUUUCUAUCCUCAGACGAAAACAAACCAAAUGUAACACCUAGCCAUAGCACAAAUAUUCAAUACACGUAUAAUAUAAAUGAUAAUAUUCAGAGUGCUGAGUCUAUCCCACGUAUUACGAACUUUAAUACUAAUAAUCCUCGGCCCUCCUUGGAAGAUUCCUCCCAUAUUAUAUCAACUCCACAACACGUACACUUAAUUAACGACCCUAUCAUACCCACCGUACGUAAGAGCACUCUCAAUCUAAAAUCGCACUUUUUAGAGCAACAUAAAGCCAUGCAGAAGCCGCUAGUUACCAACGGUUUGGUUACCACUGCAAACAUGCCCGUGCAUCCUGGAUUGAACUCAGGUAGUGAGCGUGAAGAAGAUGUAGACGAUGAAGCCAAUAUUCACUUUGAUAGUAUGUGGUGCAAUGACGAGUACAUGAAAUUGAAAAACAUUGUAGAUAUUUCAACGCCCUACCUACCUAACAACUCCCAGAUAUUUUCUCUUCAAGAACCGGCAUUCCCCAAUCCUAGUGUAACUACGAAAGGGGAUUCAUCAUUACAUUUAACUAAUCUUUUUAAUGCGUCAAAAAAUGCAAAAAAUGAAAAGGAGUUCUCCAUGGGCCAGUCUACUUCUACUUUCAAUCCAUAUGAUGAAAUUGUGUCUAGGCCCUACAUCUCAUUGGACAUGCUGCAUUCCAAUCAUGGCAUAAACACCAAUACAAGUUCUUCAAAUAACGAAAAAAUGGAAGAAGAACGAGAAAGUACUUGUCGUUCCGAUUCAGAUUUUGAAAAGCAUGAUAGUGACUUUAUAUCACCUUCAAAAUUUCGAGAACUAGUAAAGACUCCUCAGGACCUAUAUGACAAUAAAUGUUUGAUAAAACCUCAUAAUUACAAGUCGGCAUACGCUAAACUGCUAACUUCUCUAAGGAAAAAAUUUCUUGAAGAGGCUAUAGUCAAGCAGUCUGCUUCAUCAGAGGUUGAAAAUGAUAAUCAAAAACGUGAUUUAAGACAUGAUUUGGAAGUUAUAAUACGAUCUAUAUUAGAACGGUAUGCUCCAAUUUUCAUUUCGUUAACAUCCAAUAUGAUCGAAGAAGAUUUGUUGUUACAGGAGAUCACGUUACAAAGGGCUUUACUAGAUUUGGAAAACAUGGCAAAACUAGUGAGCUGCACACCAAUAUGUAUCUGGAGGAGAUCAGGAGAAGUUUGUUUUGCUAGCAAUGAAUUCUACUCUUUAACGGGGUUUAAUAAGAACCUAAUACUAGACCGGACCUCAUUUAUUUUUGAAUUUCUGGAUCACGAAAGUGUUUCAAAUUAUUUUCAGAUUUUUAACGAGUUACUGGCUUUUGGUUAUAAUGAUAUCAAUAAAAGGAAGAAAAUAUUGAUGCUAAAUGCAUCAUCUUCAGCCUCAUCCAAGAUUACAGAGGGUUUUUCUUUUACUACUGAUGGAAAUGCCGUGUUUACUAAAUCUAAUUUAUUAUUAAGUAACGGGCUCUAUUUGAAGUGUGCUUGUUGUUGGACAGUAAAAAGAGACUCUUUCAAUAUCCCAAUUCUCGUGAUGGGUCAAUUUUUACCAAUUUUCGAUAUGGACUAA